AUGGCUCCUGCAAUCAAGAACGACUCUGCUCCGUCCUCGCCUCCUCAGAAGACCCUGAGCCUGGGCACGGCUCUGCCGUAUGCGACCCGCACUGCCCUGCACCUUAAGGGCCUGGUGCCAUCGGCGGUCGAGAACUUUGCGGCCCAGGAGGCCCGCGCGUACGAGCAGUUCAAGGCCAAGGGCUCGCCUCUGGAGCAGUACAUUUUCCUGUCGUGGCUGCGCAACACCAACCUCAACCUGUUCUACCGCCUGGUGCUCAAGCACCUGAAGGAGAUUGCUCCGGUCAUCUACACGCCCACGGUCGGCCAGGCGUGCCAAGAGUUCUCGCACAUCUACCCGUUUCCUGGCGCCGCCCUCGGCUGUCGACGGACUAUCAUCAACAACUACAAGGAGUCGAUUCCCGAGGGCCAGCAGCCCGAGAUCACCGUCAUCACCGACGGCUCGCGCAUCCUGGGUCUGGGCGACCUGGGCAUGAACGGCAUGGGUAUUCCUGUCGGCAAGCUGCAGCUGUACGUUGCCGCCGCCGGACUCGACCCGACCCGCUGCCUGCCCAUCGUGCUCGACUUUGGUACCGACAACUCCAAGUAUCUCGAGGACCCGCUGUACCUCGGUAUCCGCCAGAAGCGUCCGAGGAUCCGGAGAAGGUUCUACGCGGCCACGGAGAAGGUCCUCAACGGCCUGACCCGCGCGUUCCCCGAGAUCUUCAUCCAGUUCGAGGACUUCAACACCCCGCACGCCUUUGGUCUUCUUGAGCAGUGGCGCAACAAGAUCCUGUGCUUCAACGACGACAUCCAGGGUACUGGCUCGGUCAUUCUCUCUGGCUUCAUUAACGCCAUCCGCCUCGCUGCCGGUUCGGCCGGAGUCGGUGUGGCCAAGCAGCUUGUCGACUACCUUGUGAUCGAGCACAAGAUCCCGGAGGAGCAGGCCAAGGCCAUGUUCUGGUUCGUCGACUCGCGCGGUAUCAUCAACGCGAACCGCGGCGACAAGCUGGCGGACCACAAGAUCUACUUUGCCCGGCACGACAACGGCGACACGCAGUGCAAGAACCUCGAGGAGGCCAUUGAGUACGCGUUCAACGAGAAGAUCCUGAAGCGCGUCAACGAGCUGAACCAGAAGAACCGGCCGAUCAUCUUCCCGCUGUCGAACCCGCAGACCAAGGCCGAGUGCACGUUCGAGGAGGCCAUGGUUGCCACGGACAACCGCGUCUUGUUCGCCUCGGGCACCGCGUUCCCGUCGUACACUAUCCCGGGCACCGACGACACGCGCGUGCCGGGCCAGGGCAACAACAUGUAUGUGUUCCCGCCCAUCGGCCUCGGAGCCAAGCUGGCCAAGCCCACCAGCAUCACCGACUCGCUGAUCUUUGCCGUGUCGGUUGCGCUCUCCAACACCCUGACCAAGGAGGAGGUCGCCCGUGGCGAGCUGUACCCGCGCAUCGAGCGCAUCCGCGAGACCUCGGCGCAGAUCACCGCCGCCUUCAUCCACCAGGCUGUCCGCGAGGGCCUGGCCACGGACCAGUACUGGGUUGACCUGGUCAAGGCUAACCCGGCGCCCUCGGCCACCUCGGAGAUCCCCGAUGGCUCGUACUCGCAGGUCGUCCUGGACGAGGUCUCCAAGCGCAUGUGGGCUCCGGCCCAGUCGGCCGAGCAGUUCACGACCAAGCUCUAA